UACAUUUAUCAUUACACUGGCACGCAUGUCCACAAUGCAGUAUCGGCGGUCUCGGUUGCAAAAUAAUCGUGACAUCAGUCGACUCUAGUCGGGUGAAUGGAGUUAUGAAGCAUCUGAUGUUUGUAUGUGCCUUUGCCCCUUUGCUCAUCGGGCUAGCGCUGAUCGGGCGCACGCGUACAGAAGGAAGAGUGCAGAGGCGUUGAUGGAGCGAGCAGGCCUACGGUCCUGCGAACUCUUCGCGCUAUUCAAGCAGUGAUGACCUUUUUUCCGUGAAGAAACAAUCGCCUGCGUCCGUAACUAUGGUGUUUGCACCACUUCCCGAGACUUAGUUAAAUGUUCACUAAGGUCAUCGUAAGGUUUCUGAAGAAGAGGAUCGUGCUAGCUGUCAUUUUCUGCGUAUCGCUUCUGUACUGCCUGUCGUCGCUCAUCAACGAGGGCGCUUUUGGCAAUGAGACCAGCGACAGCAUCAAACGCAUUUCUCUGCCGCCCAGCUCGUUUAAGUGGCACGAAGAAAAAGACAAGAACUCGAGCGCUACGAUCUCCUGCCGGAACUCUGUUCAAGGAAAAGUGCUCGUAGCCGACGACCGAGGUUACGUGUGCCAAAGGUCCGAGGUGGCGUCAACAGGCUGCUGCAUUGUUGAAUCGCCCAACACAAAGCGCUAUUGUUGCGACACGUGUCAGGCCAAUGGUUGCUGCAGCAUCUACGAGUACUGCAUAUCCUGCUGCAUGCAGCCUCAAAAGAUUGCACUGCUUCAAAAGAUUAUGGGCAAAGCUUCGGAAACAUUCAAAAUGCUAGUAGCCUCCAUCACGGAUCACUUUGAGUUGUGCCUCACAAAGUGCAGGACAUCCUCGGAAAGCGUGCACCACGAGAAUUCGUACAGGGAUCCUUCGGCCAAGCACUGCUACGCCGACGAACCCCCCGGACAGAGUCGCACGACAAAGAGCCACGUCCUCAAGGAGUGACCGAAAUCUGGGGCGGUCUCGCUCGGGCCACAAUCACGGAGGCACGUUUCAUGAUAAGGCACAUUGAGGAAAGCCGUUAGUGUGGCGUGUGGGCAGUUUGUGCCAGAGUGCCUGCAUCAUCUGCUCUUUGACCUUUUUAAACCAGGGUGUGCACGCUGCUUUCGCAAGGGCAUUACAUUGUCUUGUACUCUUGCAGUGCGCAUACUGUUCGUCAUCGUAUGGAAGCCGAAGACCAAACUUCGGUAUGCCGUGGGUAGAAUCCCGCCGCUUUCCCUGUGCGGUGGCAUUUUACAAAAGUGGGUAUGCGCGGAUCACGUCGCUUUCGUCGUCGGGGGCUAAGCUCAUCUCCAGCCUCUCGGUGUACUCUGUUUUCGGAGAAUUGGAUAAAUGUUGGGUUUGCCGCUAAGAGUGUGGAUGACGUUAUUACUGACGAAAAUUUUAGGUUGAGUCGUCUUGAGAAGUUAAGACUGCUCCAGCCAAUGGCUAGCAUAUUUUGUUGAUACAUGAAGAGCCCAAGAGUUUGUUCCCUGCCAACUUACAAAGAGAAAUGUCAGACUUUAAACCUGUUGUUUGAAGGCUAGACAUUGAAAUGCUCUCUUGGGAUUAAGCGCCUUUUUUUACGUACUUCAGAAAUUCCCUGUGCUGUACUACUACAAUUGUCCACGCUGAAACCCCUUGAUAGAAAUCAUGUUUCGCGUUUCUUACAAGUGCCGACAGCCAUUGUUGUAAGAAUGCAGAAGGCAUGUGCCAUGAGCGAGUGCUCCACCGCCAUUCUCAUCCAAGGUCCGCUCAUUUCAGUGCUGUGCCAUCAUUUGCUUCCAAGGAACGCACAAGGCACAGGUCUGGAGCACUGGCACAUUUUACGCUACAUUCAAGACGAACACAAACACAUCAAGGGGAUUAGUGCAUGCUGUUGCCUCUUUGUUACUCCUUCUCACCCCUUCCCACAUGUGUGACCUACUCUCGUUCCUUGUAGUAGUCGGAAAGAAGUAGUACAGAAACCAUUUGAUCAGUGCUAUUGAGAAUCACCUCCAGCGACCCUGGUUGAGGUGAUCUGGAUCGAGUCGAACACUUCGACGUGAUCACGACGCAAGACUUUUUUUGGUAGACUGCCCCUCGAAGUUAUCAUUAGGCUAGGUUGGGUUAGCAGGUGCUUGAUUGCUUUAGCAGCUUAUAUUUCUUUUUCCUUUGGUUUACAUGGUUGGAGUGGACAAAUCUAAGCAAACAGUGCUUUUGUCAUCUUUUGGAAGGUAAUUUGGGGUAACUGCAGUCCAACCUAAACUGAGUGCCUUUUUUUUUUUUUUACAGUACUUGGAGUUUGAACAUUGUAAUUGACCCUUUUCAAAAGUGUGCGCACUCGAGUAACUGUUGUGUCGAUUAUCCAAGGCAGCCAUAUUUCGGACAUGCACAUACUCUGAGCAUGCAUUAGACACGAGCGCUGCAUCAGUGCUCGUUGUGAAUUCGAAUGCAUUCGCACGCCUGCGCAGGUAGCGAUACCCAAAAUAUGGCUGCCGCCAGUGUGGCUUUGUGGACUUUCAGAAAAGGUCUAUUCACUGCUGGAUGGGCAUGCUCAAUGCUUUGAGCAUCAGAUAACCAUCUCUAUUUGUUAUAAGUUCAACUUGUGUAAGCCUCGUAGUUGCUUUAAAGAAGAGCAUGCAUAAAGGACCAACUUAUUGCCAGUCCCAUACAUUUAAAGCAGGAUGACCGCGGUCUUUUGUGGCUGUGGUAGAUGGCGUGUGAUCGGCAGACUUGGAAGGGUGGGCUGCACUUUGUUUAUUUUUCUGCCCGAUGAAAGCCUGUGCUCUCUCUGACCGCAUGAGGGAGCUGGUCGGAGUUCAUGCAAUCUUGAUGUCAUGCCGUGACAAAGUGAUGCAAGAUGUAAAACAACCAGGACAUCUUCAGAAACUCGUUCCUGAAGGUGUCCAUCUAAAACUGCCCAUGAAUGUAGUUGCAUUCUUGGUGUUAUUUACAAGCCGCCUUUUUAGUGUAUCGGGCUUCUGUCAGCAUCUAUUUCUUUCUUAGUUGCAAAAGCAGACAGACUUUUGUUUGCUGAAAGGCACAUUUUCAAAAAAGUGCAGUUUUUCUUGCUUGUUUUUUUUUUCUUUUUUUCAAACGUGCUUGAAAUUAUACAUUGUUUCCUCAUCAAUGUCUCAAAAGUAGUUUCUGAAACUACCACCUGUGCAAUUCCAUUCUUUAUAUUUGCUUUUCCAAGCUCACAUUACCGUGACGUUUACAAGGUGCGAAGCUCGAGGGAAAGGAAGGCUAGGGAGAUAGAAGUAUGGUGCCUGGAGCGCGUCUUCGACCGGUGUGUUUGGCGUCCUAUGCUGCCCAUAGCCCAUGCAUCAGAAGUGGUCUUGAAGUGGCAACAAAUGACCUCACAGAAGCCGAAGUGUCAUACUGUUGCGUGUCGUGAUCCUGGCGGUUGGUCAUAGAAAUGCCAACGAGAAGCUGCAAGUAGCACAACCAAAUGCAAGUGUCGAUGUCAUCACGGCGUCCCAACUUCUGGCUCCCGAAGCUUCCAUGGACCGCCACACUGAAGAGCGACCCGCAGCAGAACAGGCGUCUGCCACAUAUACCACAGCUGUUGGUACGCCGCCAGGAUCGCGACUGGCGACAGCAUGACACUUCUACGACGUCUUCAGGCGGAAAGGGAGGGUCCAAUUUUUUGGACAUGGUAAACACCAGUCCGAGACGCGUUCUAGGCACCAUAGUGGAAGGGUGGAAGCAGACAGAAUGGUGAAGAGAGGGGUAUGUUUCCUCCUCUCCAAUAAUCUAUCUGCUUCCUCCUCUCCAGCUUUCUUUUUCCUCGCCCUGAACUCUUAACCGGUGCAGUGCAGGCAAAGGCAACACCGAGUAAAGAGGGAAAAAGCGAGCACAAGGAAGGCGGUCGGGAGAGGAGAGCUACGUUAGAAAGGAGAGGAGGCUUCUCUCCUCCUCACCAGCCUUCCUAGUGCUUGCUCUUUCUCCCCUCGCCUGGCAUUGCCUUUGCUUGUACUGUACGUUACAAGGUGUAUGCAUGAUUGAAUUAGGUACUUCCUUCUCUGCGAGCUCCCAUCAUACAGUAUUCCCAUUUGGUUUGCAAAUCUUGGUUGCCUUUAUAUCUAGUCUCGCUACUUUGGAGGUACAAGUUCUCAGUUUUAAUAAAAGAUAUUUUGUGCCGCCAA